CAUGAGCUCGGGCCUGGCUCCUCCUGAGUCCUCUCGCUCGGAACUUCAGUUCGAAACAAAACAAACCGCGGGGGUGGGACCCGCCUGCCCUGUUGGGGGGAGGGGGCCGGCGAGUGACCGCGGCCGAGGCAAGGCGGCGGCGGGCGAAGGCAUUAGUUCCUUGCCAGAGAGAUUGACCACAAAGAGUCGCCAAGAUAGCUGGCUCGGGAAGAAAGCGUCGCACCCCUGACCCAGACUCUGUCACCGACCCCGGCGGGCCGUUUGUCUCGUCCAAACGGCUGAAAAUGUCUAGCAGUGCCAGCAUCCCUGGCCAGAGGAGAACACGGGGCGUGGAAGAUGCAACCAGUAAGAAAAAGCAGAAGGACCGUGCCAAUCAGGAGAAUAAGGAAGGCGAGAGGCCAGUUGGCAGUGACUCAAAGAAAGAGCCUUUUGCUGGCCUGGAGCUGGUAGAGCCCAACUGGCAGAGGGAGUCUGAGGAGGACCUGCUGCUGGACUGGAAGCAGAAUGCUCAUGAAGUUAUUGUGAAGCUGAGUUUGGGCAGUGGAGCCCCAAAGGCAGAGGAAGUGGAUACGUCUUUCACAGACACCAAUUGUGUAGUUAAAUUACCUGAUGGCCGCGAAUGGAGCUGCCAGUUCUUUGCGGAGAUUGAAAGCUCCUGCAGCAAAGUCCAGCACAAGAAGGGCAAUAUCCUACAGUUGGUGCUACAAAAGAAGAUCCCGUUGCACACUUGGGCUUCACUUUUGAAGCGUUGCAAGGAUGGCUCAAGGGAGCAGGCCAAGAAGGCUGCAUGUAAGGAGAAUGGCAAGGAAAAAUCUCCUAUGGUGGAGAUAUCUGAGGAGCCCCAGCCGGAUAGCACAGUGGAACCAUCAAGGGGCAAACGAGAGCCCUCCAACCCAAAGCGAGCCUCUGGGAGGAAUGAAACUGCAGAAGGGAAGAACCAAGCCAGUCUGGGUCUGCCAGCUGGCCCUACUGCCAAAGGGGCAGUGUGCAUCAAACCUGGUCUGUCUGAGGAGGAAGGGAACAGCAGCAGCAUGGGGAGCACAGGACUCAGCGGAAAAGCCUGCAGCCCAAACAAUGACAAGGGAGCCCAAGGGGAUGCCCUGUUGGACCUGAAGGCUGACAAUUUGGAGAGGGUGUUGGUGCCCAUGGAAAUGCAACUGCCUAUGGGAUCUGCAGAGACAUUGCCCCAUCAGCUUCGGCCCUGCCCAGAAAAGAGGAUCCCACAGCCAGCCAGUUUCUCUGAGGCUCCACGGGAGCCAGAGCUUGCAUCUGCCUUCAGUGAAGCUCUCUCCUCCUCUCCACCAUCCAGGGACACUGACAAAAGAGGCUGGUCCAAGGACAGUGAUGCUCUAGAGGCUGUUGCUAAUGAACCAGAGCCCAUUGUGAAUCUGACAUUUGUGAAGAAUGACUCUUAUGAGAAAGGGAAUGAUUCUAUGGUGGUGCACGUUUAUGUGAAGGAGAUUCACAAAGAGGCGUCCAAGGUGCUGUUUCGGGAGCAGGACUUCACACUGAUGUUCCAGACGAGUGAUGCCAACUUUCUGCGACUGCAUCCAGACUGUGGCUCUCAUACAGUAUUCAGGUGGCAAGUGAAACUCAGGAAUCUCAUAGAGCCAGACCAGUGUACAUACAACUUCACCACAGCUCGCAUUGACAUCUGCUUGAAGAAACGGCACAGCCAGCGCUGGGGGGGCCUUGAGGCUCCUGCCGCACGAGGUGCAGUGGGUGGUGCAAAGGUUGCCAUGCCAACAGGCCCUACCCCCCUGGAUAAAAGCCAACCUGGGAGUAACCAGCACCCGCUGUCCAGUAAAGAGGAAGCGCGAGCAGGCGAGAAGGAGACGCCGCGAGCAGAGGAGGGCGGCCUGGACGGUGUCGCUGCUCGGACAGUGGCGGAGCAUGUGCCAGUGAAGCAGGAGCCGCUUGUGCCCUCGCCCAAGCCAACAUGCAUGGUCCCACCCAUGACUCACAGCCCCGUCAGCAGCGAAAGUGUGGAGGAAGAAGAGGAAGAAGAGGACAAGAAGGUGUGCCUGCCAGGCUUCACAGGGCUGGUGAACUUGGGCAACACCUGUUUCAUGAACAGUGUGAUCCAGUCUCUUUCCAACACCCGGGAGUUGCGGGACUACUUUCAUGAUCACUCCUUUGAGUCUGAAAUCAACUACAAUAACCCGCUGGGAACUGGGGGGCGCCUGGCUAUCGGCUUUGCUGUCUUGUUGAGGGCACUUUGGAAAGGCACACACCAUGCCUUCCAGCCUUCUAAGCUGAAGGCAAUUGUGGCAAGCAAGGCCAGCCAGUUCACAGGCUAUGCCCAACAUGAUGCCCAGGAAUUCAUGGCUUUUCUACUGGAUGGGCUCCAUGAGGACCUUAACCGCAUUCACAGCAAGCCCUACACUGAAACAGUAGAUUCAGAUGGACGGCCUGAUGAGAUUGUCGCUGAAGAGGCCUGGAAACGACAUAAGAUGAGGAAUGAUUCCUUCAUUGUGGACCUGUUCCAGGGCCAGUACAAGUCCAAGUUAGUGUGUCCUAUGUGCUCAAAGGUAUCCAUCACGUUCGAUCCCUUCCUGUAUUUGCCGGUCCCCCUACCCCAAAAGCAGAAAGUGCUGACAGUCUAUUACUUUGCAAAGGAACCCCACAAGAAGCCUGUCAAGUUCCUGGUGAGCAUCAGCAAGGAGAAUUCCACUGCCAUGGAGGUACUAGACUCAGUGUCCCACAGCAUGAGAGUGAAUCCUGAUAACCUGCGCCUGGCUGAGGUAAUCAAGAACCGUUUCCACCGCAUGUUCCUGCCUUCCCAGUCGCUAGACAUGGUCUCUCCCACAGACCUUCUGCUGUGCUUUGAGGUGCUUUCCCCAGACCUGGCCAAGGAGCACGUGGUGGAGCUGCAGGUUCAACAGCGUCCUCAGGUGCCCAGUGUGCCCAUCACCAAAUGUGCCGCCUGUCAGAAGCAGCAGCAGUCAGAAGAGAAGUUGAAGCGUUGCACCCGGUGCUACCGUGUUGGGUAUUGCAAUGUAGUGUGUCAGAAAACACAUUGGCCCGACCACAAAGCUUUGUGCCGCCCUGAGAACAUUGGCUUCCCCUUCCUCAUCAGCGUGCCCGAGUCACGCCUUACCUAUGCACGGCUGGCUCAGCUUCUGGAAGGUUACGCAAGAUACUCAGUCAGUGUGUUCCAGCCACCUUUCCAAGUGGGCAGGAUGUCACCAGAGCAAGGCUUGCAGCCCCAGCUGCCUGAGAAACAAGAGCCUCCUGCCAGGAAUAGCAGUGCUACAGUUGUUUCUGCUGCUGCUUCUGCUGAUGAUAACACUUCCACCAUCAUGGAGUCAGGAGAUGGUGCCAGGGCCCCACAUCUGUUGCAGGAACCCCAGUCGUCUCUCUCAGCCCCUGAGCUGCAGCCUGAAUUGGGGGAUACCAGUGCUGUCAGAAGCAAGGUCCCCACAGGAAGAAGCUCAGGGCUGAGCUUGGAUUCGGGCUUCUCUGAGCCUUCCUUGGACACACGGGCUGAAAGUUGUGUAGAAAGGGAGGUGCCUUAUGAGAGAGUCCCUAAGCCUGAAGCUGCCAUCCCUGGUUACCAGCAUCCAGCUGAGGGGCUGAGUUCCCAUGUUACCCAGUUCUACAUCAACAAGAUUGAUGCAGCCAGCAAAGAGCAAAAGCUGGAGGAUAAAGGAGACAUUCCGCUGGACCUGACGGAUGAUUGUUCCCUAGCCCUGGUUUGGAAGAAUAAUGAGAGGAUGAAGGAGUUUGUGCUGGUAGAGUCCAAGGAGCUUGAGUGUGUGGAGGAUCCAGGCUCUGCAAGUGAGGCAGCCAGGGCAGGCCACUUCACCCUUGAACAGUGCCUCAACCUUUUCACUAAGCCAGAGGUGUUAGCUCCUGAGGAGGCCUGGUACUGCCCAAAGUGUAAGCAGCACCGUGAGGCAUCUAAGCAGCUCAUGCUGUGGCGCCUGCCCAAUGUCCUCAUCAUACAGCUCAAACGCUUCUCAUUCCGCAGCUUUAUUUGGAGGGACAAGAUCAAUGAUAUGGUGGAUUUCCCAGUGAGGAGCUUGGACCUGAGCAAGUUCUGCAUUGGCCAGAAGGAUGAGCAGCAGCUGCCCAUGUACGACCUAUAUGCAGUUAUCAACCACUAUGGGGGCAUGAUUGGUGGACACUACACAGCGUAUGCCCGGCUGCCGAGUGACAAGAACAGCCAGCGCAGUGAUGUGGGAUGGCGGCUCUUUGAUGACAGCACUGUCACCACAGUGGAUGAAAGCCAGGUGGUGACACGAUAUGCCUAUGUGCUCUUCUACCGCCGACGAAACUCUCCUGUAGAAAGACCCCCCCGAGUGCCGCCUCAUCCCUCAGACCCUCGGACCGACUUGGCCCCAUCUGCUGAGGCAGCAGCCAAUCAGGCUUCUCUGCUCUGGCAGGAACUGGAGGCUGAAGAGGAUGCUGCCAGGAGGCUGAUGAGGAACCCUUGGAGGUCUUGUAGUCGAAGAACAAAGCACCUCACCUCAGAGUGUUCCGAUGAAGGGCAUGUCCGAUACUUUGUCCUGGGCACCAUGGCAGCCAUUGUGGCACUCUUCCUGAAUGUCUUCUACCCCCUCAUCUAUCAGACCCGCUGGAGGUAGCAGCAGCAGCAGCAGCAAGGCACCAGGAGGAGGGCAGUUAGCUUACUUCAGCCUUGGCUGUCCUCCAUGACAUCUUUGUGGCGAGGGGCUUGGAUGCUCCUUGCCAGGGUAGGUGCAAGAAGAAGCCUUCGUGCCCAUACCUCCCCAUCAAGAAGCUGUCAAGUCUCGGGCCUGCUCUCUCCCGCUUGGCUGACUACAUGGAUUUGCAAACGGGAAGGUUUUGUUACGGCUCUGCUGUCUCAAUGAGAUGGACUUUUUUUAGGUGGCUUUUGUAGACUUCAGCCCAUGUGAAUAAAGGGCUGGAAAAUCUAUGUACAGCAGAGGCUACAGACCUACAAAUAUUAGUCUCUAUAAACUGGAUGGUAAUAUGUUUGUCUUGGCCACUCCCUGCCUUGGGAUAGCUCCUCUGUAUUGGGUUGACACAAACACUUGUUCCACAUGCCCAGUAUUUGAAAAGUUGUAUCAGCUUCCUCAGUUGGGUAUUAGCACUGUGCUCGGAGGAGGUGGAAAAGAGGUGCCUGGCCAACCUUUUUAAAUGGGCAUCUCUUCCCUUUUGUUUGAGAGAGGGAGAAAAUACUGCUGAUUCUUCCAAAUGGUGAUGAAUUACAUUCUCUCACCAUGAUAGUAUCAACUUGCAACUGAGUAGAUCAUGAUCAUCUUUUCUUUUUUCUUUUUUAAUAGCAUCUUUUAAGUGUUUCUAUCUGGGCAUAAGGCUACGCCUGAGCACAGAGUGCAAGAGAAAGUAUUUUUUUCUCACCCUUCCUUAAGCCAACUGAACAUUAUUUAGUGCAGAGCCCCAGGCAAACAGAAGACAAUACUUUGGUUUGUAUCUCUGCUCCUGUAUACGUCUCUGAAUGUUGGAGUGUGUGUGGGCCUACUUCUUUGUGCACACACAAGGUGGCAGAAACGUGUCUCUUGCGUCACAGUUGUGUGGCGUGUUUCUUUUAAUCUGGCCCUGUAGGCUGUGGUUCCUUGCAUGCAUUGCAGGGUCCCUCUUGUGCCUCUCAACCACUGGUUUAGUCUUAAAUAUCCUGAUCUAGGCUCUUGGCUGUGGCCAGAUAAGUAAGGUUUGUUUUGAGAGUUUGUGAUCCUAGAGCUAAGUUUUAUUCUUUGGAACAGCCUUCCUUGGUUUGUAUGUAAUUAUUGAUUGUUGUUACUAUUCAUAAGCAUUAUACAAAUCUAACAACAUCUUGCACAUUCUUCCCAGCACUUUUAGAGGGGCAUUUAACCUUUCUGGGGGUUGGGGGGGGGGUGAGAUGGGAUAUAGCCUUGCCUGCAGUGCCCAGCGUUCAGGUUGUCUGGUGCUGGUGCCCCUGCUAUGCCCCAGGAAAUGGGCAUUCUGUAGCCUCACCAGUGCCAAAGAGCACAGCCUGCUACAUGUGUAGUUCUGGUGGGGAUGUUCCCACCCUAAGGAAGUUAUCCUCUGCCAGUUUGGAUAAAUGCAUUGCAUUGUGCUGUGGAAAAG